UGGUGAUCCCAUACUCAACCACGACUUUGAUCAAUUAAUCGAACGGUUCGAGUCGUUUAUCCUGAGAUUCUCAAGAUUAGAAACAACUCAAACGCAGCUUGCCUUGUAAGAGAAGCCACAGUACCAUCAGCGUGAAGAACCUUGAAGACGCGACCGAUCACUUUCUUUAUGGCUUCGCAUCGAAUAACAAAUCAGCUGUGUCUUUUUCGAUAUCGAUGAUUGGUUCGCUCCCUGGAAUUAGAUAUUAUAACGGCGUAUCCAGUCUCGUCGACACGUUUUUCAUCAUCGAAUUUUCUCUUUCGUGUUUAGACUGAGCUGAGCUCACCACUCAGCACCGGACCAAGCUUGAUCGCACCAUGUCGCAAUUUCCACCAACCCCGACUUUUCCAGGCCCAUCAAAGUACGGGCAACACUGGUCGGCCCAUGUCUCGCAUAAUUCGAGCGGUCGGCCUGAAGCUGAUUUUCAUUCUAUGAACAAUCCCAUGGCUACAGGGAACUUCGCUACCCUGCCGUUUGUGACGCAUCCCGCUACGCAAUUACCGGGCCUCGGUAUGCCAUCUGACUCAAUUCCAUCUGUAUAUCUUCCACAUUCAUUUAGCGAAAACCUUGAUCCUGUUCCCCACCCUGGGGCAACAAAAGGCUCGAUUUUUUUCACGCCAGACGCCUCCCUCUCGACCCCCGCGUUUAGACAACCUCACCCAUCUGCAGCGUUUCAGCCGCAGGCAAAUCAACCAACAAUCAGCUCCCACGAGGGCUUUCUGCCAACAACGCAAGAUGAAACAGAUCGGGAAGAAGGCGAAGUCAGCGAUGCCUCGGGCAACGAAUCAGCCAAUUUGAGAAGCAAUCAAUAUCAAAGAGAACGUUCAGAAUCUCCUUACAAUCCACCAAUGACCAUUACCAUCGACCCAGUAACCGCUGCGUCCCAGAGAGCAACUCGCAGCUCCAGUGAAUUUGGAUCGCAAGACGAGUUUUCUGAAAGCUCUAAUAAUGAACCUUCAUAUAUUACCGGGAAGACUGUCGCUCAAAUUCGUGUCAUGGCUCAAGGGGCUUUGCUUGGGUUAGCUCCCCACAAUAUUCGAUUCCAUGAACUUUUGAAGGAAAACAUCGAUCCGAACAUUCUCAAACAACUAUAUGAUGAUAUCGGCAUCAAAAUUACUCAUUCUCUUUCGGAUUCUAAUUCGCUUGUUAAACAUGACACCAUCGAUCUUACAGCGACACCCGAGGCAUCCCGCAAAUACCCAACUACUAAUGUUACAAUUUCCCCACCGGCCAGUGCUCAAAUCAAUGCACCAAGCUCCGCCGUUUUAACAGAAAAAGAAGAACCCUCUGUGUCCCUCGCAGGAAAGCCGCUCGAGCGGAAGGACGUCAUUGCACGGAUGCUUGCUGCCAAAGCUAAAAAGUCUGCCAUCGCAGUCCCCAAGUCCAGAUCUGCCGAACCAACCCUCAGGCCGGCUUCCGUUAUGAUGAGUGAUACAAGCGAAGUCACAGAGGUUGCAGUAUCGCCCAAAGCCUCCGCGGCAACACAGCCCAAAGAGAAGAAUAAAGCCCAAACUGAGUUGGCGAGGCAGCGUAUUGAACAACUCAAGAAAAUGGGACUCAAAAGACAGCAAUUUCAACAAGAAAACUUCACCACAGCUCAAGGGACUGCAAAUAUUGCUCCAAAUUCCAAAACUAUAUCACCUCCCAUUUUAUCUCAUCCUCUACCGGAACGACCACCCUUCUCCGGUAAACCUCAGACGCCCCCACAAAUGACAACUUCCAAUAUACCUGGAAUCUCGACAUCCUCUUCAGAUGCCAAAUCAUCGCCUACACCGACAAAUAUUGAAAAUAUAUCAAGUAAUGCUACAAGACCUGGGAGAACUCCUGCCAAACGCCCUCGAGCUUCAGAUUUUGAUGAGUUUGUUCCGAAAUCCAAGAAGCCAUUAGUUACUGAAGAUCGAUUAGUCAUUGACAUCAGUGAGGAUGAAUCCUCGGACAAUGAUGGUAAUGACGCUGCAAUGCUAGAUGCGAUGGACGAUACCGCGUCCCAAAAGUCAAGUUUUCCCCAUUCGAGCGGACUGUCGUACCAGAGAUCGUCGGCGUCCGCCACCCCUCAAAAUCGCCUCAAUGACGCGGAAAGUCUCCGUCAGAAAGAUCUUGCAAUCAAGGCCAUGCGACGUCGGAUAGCUGAAUUUGAGGAAAAAAAGGCUAAGAAAGGAAAUGAAACCACAGUAUCAUCUGUUUCGGCGUCCGAAUCUCUUGGAUCAACCGAUAACCUACCUGGAACUACAAAUAACCGGUUAGAAGCCCCACAGGCUUUGCUUGCCAAGUCCACUGCUUCCAACAUAUCUAUGGAUUCUCCAAUUCAAUUGUUAGCGUCGAUGGAUCUUUCUGAUUUAGAUAAAAUGAGGCUCAAGUUAUUACGCAAACAAGAAAUCGAAACGGGUCUACCGACUUUAGAUGACGAGAUAUCAAGGAUUCAGGCCAAGCUAGCGGGAUUCAAAACCCAAGAAGAGGGACUCUUGGCUGAGAUCGUUAAAGGUCGGGAAGGACGGAAACAACUGAUGGAUGAGCUGGAGACGCUCAUCAUAGAAACGCAGGGAUUAACCAUGGAAGCAGUUCAAGCAGCUACGGAAGAAAAACAGCGUGCCGACGCUGCACAAGGAAAUUCCUUUGAUAAUGAAGCUAAUGCUACUUCUCCUAACACUCAAGCGCGAAUAUCUGAAGACUCGAAACUCAUAAAACCCCAAUCCGUGAAUCAAACUCUGCCAGUUGACCACGAAAUUUCUUCUAUUGGUCAUGGCUCUCCCGAGACCUGUGAGGAUCCCUGUGAUAUCUUUGAACCUCAAGACUCGAACUUGGAAGCGUCAGACUCGUCAAUGGAUGAGUCUUCUAGCAGCCCAGAGCCAAGUUCAAUAGAAGAAGAGUUAGAACCCGAGCCCGAGCCUGAACCUCAAAUCUCAACAUCAUUACCGAGCAAUGAGUCUCCUAAUAUACAUAAUCUGGAUAGUGACCCUUUGCCAACCGGUGGUUCUGAGGAUGUUCUCGAUAUGCCAGGAAAUGCGGAGUCAAAUGAACCAGUCGCUGAAAAUCUUGAGCGCAAUACUUCUCAGGACUCUCUCAUGGUGUCUGACAAUUAUGAGCCCCCAGAACCUGAAGACGGAGAGGAAGUGUAUUCUCCCCAACUAGGUCCCAGUGGUGACGAUGUAGAGAUGGACACUAUCCCCGUUUCUCCAUCCUCUCACAGUGAGGCUGACGUGGAACUAACCCCCAAGCUUCAGGAACAAGUUGUCAUUGCAUCGAAAAAUGAUGCUCUUGACAAUGUAGACAGGGCUAUCAAGACAUUUAAAUUCUCGCCCUAUGAAAGUCCUUUGAAAUACUUCAGAGCCUAUCGUUAUCAUCCCAAUUUCGCACAGGAAGUUAGUGACAGCUAUCGAUCACUGAAAUACAGUCAUAAGAUUGAUCCAUCUCUGGCCAUUUGCCCCUACGAAUCCGCUGGAGGGGUAUGCAAUGAUACUACAUGCGAAUUUCAGCAUUGGCGCGACAUGGUGAUGCCCGACGACAAGAUCCUUGUUGAAAUGGGUAACCAGCGGGAAGGCAAAACGGCAGAGGAAAGAGACGAGUUCCUUGAAGGAUUGAAAACCAUCAUCAACACAUUGCAGCGCGAUCAGGUGAAAGAUUUCUUUACCGUUGCCAACGAGAUUGCCGCAUACCGUAGACGCUUCCUUUCGGAUCCUUCACGAAUUCUUCCUUUGUAACCUGCAUCCGGUAUGACUCCCUUAUACCUUUCAGUCGGCGCAAACAGAAUUAUCUGUUAACGGCCGAUCUUUGCAUCUUGAAAUCAUUGCGCAACUUCCAUACGAGUUGCCUGACCCAGUUUCUGACUUCCAUUUGCAAACCUCUUUUUUUUGGUUUCUUCAGUUCAUACCCCGUUUUUUAUUUGCAUGAAUACAGGUAUGCUUUGCUCCUAAGCGUAGCAUUGGAGGCGUUUUUCCUCGUCUUGUGUGGCACAUUGGCAUCCUUCUGCAUUUUCAGGAUCCAAUACUUAAUGGUACUAGGUAUCAUUUGGCAGUCACUAGACUGCCCGCGCGACGUAGAACGAUCAAGUUAGAUCUUGCCAUCUACGGGGCGAGUCAGACUUUGAUGCUGGGCAACAAGCCAAUGGCACAUCGCUCUCUCUUAGCAUAGUGAAUUAAUUACGUUAAUUAAAGUUGAUAUUCC